GUUUAUGGAAGAUCUAAAAGACAUGCUGGGUUUUGCUCCCAGCAGAUAUUACUACUAUAUGUGGAAAUAUAUUUCUCCUCUAAUGCUAUUAUCAUUGCUAAUAGCUAGCAUUGUGAAUAUGGGAUUAAGUCCUCCUGGUUAUAAUGCAUGGAUUGAAGAUAAGGCAUCUGAAGAAUUUCUGAGCUAUCCAACGUGGGGAAUGGUUGUCUGUAUCUCUCUGAUGGUCUUUGCAAUCCUUCCCGUCCCGAUAGUCUUCUUUGUUCGUCGCUGCAACCUCAUAGAUGACAGUUCUGGUAAUUUAGCAUCUGUGACCUACAAGAGAGGAAGGGUCCUGAAAGAGCCUGUAAACUUAGAGGGAGAUGAUGCAAGCCUCAUUCAUGGAAAGAUAUCAAGUGAGAUGUCAUCUCCAAAUUUCGGUAAAAAUAUUUAUCGAAAACAGAGUGGAUCACCAACUUUCGAUACUGCUCCCAAUGGACGGUAUGGAAUAGGGUACUUGAUGGCAGAUAUGCCAGAUAUGCCAGAAUCUGAUUUGUAG